UCCACUAUAAAUAGUAUACUAUAAAUAGAUCUACUGUAUCUACCGCGCGCUAGCUAGCAGUCUACAACUCUGCAGUCUGCUAGUGCUGGUGAUCAGGUGAUACAUUCUUAUCUGCGCCUGAGCGUGAGAGGAAGGAGACUGUUCUGUAAAUACCAUUAUAACAAUUACUUACAAUGGCGAACAGAGGAGGUUACAUUCCCAUCCAGAAUGCUCCAUCUGAUCCAGCAGUCGCGAGCAAUGAGCCGAUCGAGUGGAAGGGUGGACUGCCCUUUCGGGGCUUUCAGCACUUACAAAGAAUGUCAAUCCUCGUGUUCGCCUUCUCCGUGGCCAAUCUUGGCCUUCAGUCGUACAUCCCCUUCGUCAUGGAUUCCUCGGGCGAAUACAACUGGAGCAACGUAAAAUCCAGCGCCGUGUGGGCUGCUGCAGUUGCAUUCUGUGUGGGCCUGUACAUGGUCAUUGUGUCGUCCGGAGCACUGCGUGGAAUGAAGCAUUCGAAAAUACACUUGAUCAUCGGCGUCGUCACCUGCAGUUUGACUUGCUGCCUGUUGGUGACGGGAUUGGUUUUUAGCUCCCUGACGUCCAUGAACAUUCUGACAGUGCAGACCGACGACAUGAGGCGUUGCAUCUACUACAACAGCACCAGUGCUAGAACUACCGCUGCGCCACCAGUACCUUUGCCCAAUGGGUGUGAAGAGUGUGAUCCCAGUGUUUCAUGGGCCGAUGGAGUGGGGCCCAACUCGUGCUGCUGCUGCUACGAGAACUGGUACGGCGAUUACGAUUCGAUGACGUUCUACGGCGUCGGGAGCUGUCAAGAUGUGUUCACUUACGUCUACCCAAUGUCGACAGCGUCUGCUAUCCUUUACGGAUUGUCUCUUCUGCUUGCCUUCCUGAUGGCCGUGAGCGGCUGUGUGGUGUGCUGCUGCCGCUGCUAUUGCUGCUCGUCGCUGUGUGGCCCGUUCCCAGAGGACGGUGGUCUCGGUUCCACUCGCCGGCGCACCGGAGCAGCACGGAUCAUCAAUAACCCAACUGCUUAUCCAGCACCAGUUGCCGCCUACCCAGUAGCGGCGGCCUCUCUACCACCGGCACCCGUGGCUCAACACCAACCAACCAUGUAUCCGUCAUACCAGUCUGCACCUGCGCAGCCACAACCCGCUACGAAUCCUUCGUAUCAGACAGCGGGAGCACAGCAGUUUGCAGGCUAUGGAAGUAUGGCAUCCGCACCACCAUCAGACGAAAGUCGGCAGCAAGCCAGCACAGAUCUCGGCGCUGGAGGCCCGCCAGCGUACACUGAAGCUUACCCUCCGGAGAAGGUAUGAGCAUCAUCCGAAUUUCCCAGUUGUAAUUCAAAAUAUCCCAUUUAUAUCGAGAUCACUAUGAAACUCUAUCAAAUUUAUCACGCGAAUUAUACAAUGGCGUCACCCUUACCAGCUGCACUGCCGCGUUACAACAAAAAUGUUGCCUUUAUGAGGUGAAAGUUAUUCAUUCUCAGACCAAUUUAAUUCUUCAAUUUCCUUUCUCUUUCUCCACCUACUGUACAUAUGUUUCAUCAAUCUUUGCUGCUGGCCAGUACGUCUUUUUCCCUCACAUUGUUUGUAGUGUAUGCUGUUUCCUGCUCUCCUAGUGCUGUGAGUAUUAAUUCUACGUAUUGAACUAAUGAAAUCUGGGUUUUUUAAGUCACACAUUUUUCAUCAAUCCUUAUCAGAAAAUAGCACAUUUCGAAAUUUUCUAGAAUAUUAGUUUUGCUAUAUCGUGCGAUUUUGGCAAUCAAUUCUGAUGUGAUUGUCUUCAUGUACAUGUACGUAUAUCUGAGUCAUACUUGGACUUUGGUGCAAUUCACGUCACAUGCUCAUCCUGAGAAUUGCCGGAGGUGUGCGACAUUCUCGAAUCUGUUCAUCGAAAAUUUAUAUGGUCAACACUCAAUUUUUCGAUUGUGGACCAUAGCCAGUGGCAGUGCUGAUGUGCGAGCCUCACUUUACUGUUUUUUUCUUCAUAAACCAUUAAAUUAAAAAAUUGGUUGUGA